UUUAAACAGCGUUAGAAUAUUUGAAUUUUAUUUCCCUUAUCGGGUAUUAGCACGACAGAUUUUUAAAUCUACACCAGUGCAUGGAUUCGUUCAGAUGGAAGUUUCUUUUGUGAAAUAAAUUUUAUUUUUUAUGGAGCUUUGUGUGUGCACAUUAUAUAGGAAAUCAAAUGAGCUCAUUAUGUAACUGUAACUAAUUACGAAAUUACUUUUUGAAAUUUUAUUGUAAGUUUGGAUUUAAUUUUUUUGGUGUCAUUUUUUUUUUUUUACAUUUUUAAUGGAUUUUACACCACACUAGCAUUUCUGUAUGGAUUUUAAAGUGGAACUUAAAUGAUAAAAUUCACCAUUUAGGAUAUUUUCGGAACAAAGACAGUACUGUUUACUUCAGUGUUUACUGAAGUUUAUGCAUUUGUAAAUGUAUUAAUUUUAUGAUUAAAGUUAUACAUUAAAGUCUUUUAAGUUGAGACUAUAAACAAUUGUAUUCAGGAAGUAACAUACCACUUGACAAGUUUCCAAUAUUUCUUGUUAUACAUGUCACUCUGAUUGAAUUUAAAUGACAUUUGAGGAGUAAGUUCUAAAAUCAUGAAGAAAACUAAGCCAGUAGCGGCCCCUUCUCAAGAUGAUGAAAAUUAUCCAUAUUCGCCAUCUGAGCCGCUGAGAUUUAUAAAACAACGAAGAUGGUUCCAUCCGAACAUAUCAGGACAAGAUGCAGAGAGGCUGUUACAGACACGGGGUGUUGAUGGAAGUUUUCUUGCUAGACCAAGUACAAGCAAUAAAGGGGACUUCACUCUGUCAGUCAGACGAAAUGGAGAGGUUACACACAUCAAGAUACAGAAUACAGGAGAUUUUUAUGAUCUUUAUGGAGGUGAAAAGUUUGCUACUCUUGCAGAACUGGUGCAGUUUUAUAUGGAAAAUAUGGGACAAUUAAAAGAAAGAAAUGGGGAUAUAAUAGAGUUAAAGUAUCCAGUAAAUUCAGAGGACCCUACAACAGAAAGAUGGUUCCAUGGUCAUAUAUCAGGGAAAGAAGCCGAGAAACAGUUGAUGGAAAGAGGAAAAUACGGAAGCUACCUUGUACGAGAGUCUCAGAGUAAACCUGGUGAUUUUGUACUCUCAGUCAAAUGUGAAGACAGAGUUACGCAUGUCAAAAUUAGAAGAAAUAGUGGAAAGUUUGAUGUAGGAGGGGGUGAGCAGUUGGAAACUUUAGCUGACCUUGUUGAACAUUACAAGAAAAAUCCAAUGGUUGAAACUUCCGGGACAGUAGUGCAUUUACGACAUCCAUUUAAUGCUACAAGAAUUGCUGCCUCUGGCAUUGACAGCCGUGUGAAACAGCUUCAAAGAGACACCACACAUAAACCUGAGGAAAAUAAAGCUCAGACUAGAGGGGGUUUCUGGGAUGAAUUUGAGGUGUUACAGCAACAAGAGGUACGGCAUUUAUACAGCAGAAAGGAGGGAAUGAGACCAGAAAAUAAAGCUAAAAAUAGAUACAAAAAUAUCUUGCCAUUUGACCAUACACGUGUAACCCUGAGAGACGGGGAUCCAAAUGUUGUAGGAUCAGACUACAUCAAUGCUAACUGUAUUACAGCCGAGGAUGAUAAUAUAGAGCCAAAGAAAAGUUACGUAGCCACACAAGGGUGUCUGCAGAGCACUGUUGUAGAUAUGUGGAGAAUGAUUUGGCAAGAAGGAUGCCGAGUUAUCGUCAUGACAACAAAAGAAGUUGAGCGUGGCAAGAUUAAAGCUGUACGGUAUUGGCCAGAUCCAGCUGAUGGUGGUGAAAAGGUGUAUGAGGUUUAUAAAGGAAAAAUUACUGUAAAAUUUGUCAAAGAAACGAAAGACAAAGAUUAUACUACGAGAGAGUUAGAAGUUGUGAAAGAACAUGAUGAUGGAAGGGUUGAGCCUGCACGUAAAGUUUAUCAGUAUCAUUUUAUGACAUGGCCAGAUUAUGGGGUGCCAAGUGAGGCAGGCAGCGUGCUCGAUUUUCUCAAUGUUGUCAAUACUAAACAGGAGAGUAUAUCAGGGGCAGGUCCCGUGGUAGUUCACUGUAGUGCUGGUAUUGGAAGAACAGGGACAUUUAUUGUGAUAGAUAUGAUACUGAACCAGGUUAAGACAUAUGGUAUGGAUUGCGAAAUAGACAUACAAAAGACGAUACAGAUGGUGAGAUCACAGCGUUCAGGCAUGGUACAGACAGAGGCACAAUACAAAUUUGUCUAUUUUGCUGUACAACAAUAUAUAGAAACUGAGAAACGGAGAAUUGAAGCUGAACAGCAAAGUCAGGUAGCAGGAAGGGAGUACACAAACAUACGUUACGCAGCCAGUAUUGAUGGUAGAAAUUCCUUAACACGUGGAUUUCCACCACCGGUUCAUCAGCCACAGAUAGCUGAACCUCCUCACACAAAGAGAGUUGCUAAAGAUCUGCCUAAACUACCACAAGAUGAAAGACAAAUAUAUCAAAAUAUAGGAACUGUGAAAGAGCCUGGACAUGGCAACCACACUGGACACACAAACCACACUGCACAUGGUGGCCACCAUUCUGGAAAACAUAAAAAAUGAUAGAACUUGUCUUAUGUACACCUCCGUAAUCAGCCAGCCAUAAAAUGGUGAUCUACAACUUCGUCCAGAUUUUGUUCAAGAUAAUCUCUUUUCCCUUUGCUAGAAGUGUUCAUGAACUUCGUAAAAUAUUCCAGAGUCAAUGUGUAUAUCAAGAUAGUUGCAAACUUAUAAAUUUUCCAAUCAGGAUGGAAAAUCGAGUCAAUGAGUUUAUGAAUAAGUGUAAUUUUUGUAGUGCUUAUAUGUUGAGAUGUACAAUCAUCUGCUUUUCGUGUAAAGUUUUUGUUACUAGACUUAAAAAAGGAGCAUUACAAUAACUAUAAAAGUGCUAAAGUUUAGAAACUGUGCUUAAAAUAUUGUUUUCAGCAGUCUGUGUUUAUUGUUAUUUUUGAUAUAUUGUUAGUUUAGAGAUUGUAUUGUUAAAGAGUUUAGAGAUUAUAUGAUGUCUGGUGCUGAGGUGUAUGUGUCAAACACAGAAUAAACAUGCCAUAUUUACUUUGAAACAGUCAGCUGUCUCUUGUCUUCAGCGGAUUUCAGUUCCAGUAGAGAAAGGGGAAUAUAGAACAAAGCCCUGCAUGCCCCAGACAAAAUCUCAACCUGCUCACUUUGACCAAGGCAGACCUCCCCCCCCCCCACACUUGUGAUUUAGUUGAAUAAAAAUCCUUAUAUAAAGAAAACAGUCAAAGGAAAUUGAAAAAAAAAAGUAAAAACGUUCUCAGUAUGGUAAGUGUAAUUUUUGAAUUGGAAUGAAGUGGAAAUUUGUAUAUAAUUUCAAAAAAUCUAUAGGGGGUGGAGGGAGGGGUGACUUGUCUGCCUUGGUAAAAUUGAGCAGUGGGGUAUUUUGUUGGCAUCCCUAGGAAAGGGAUGUUUGAUUGCUUUGUAAUUUAUGUGACCCUUUGAAAAAAAUUAUGAAAAUGUCACUGUAAAUGCAUUUAAGACUGUAAGAUCUAUACUCUCCCAAUGAAGCUCUUCAGUUACACAGUAAGAUUCAAAGUAAAAUAACUUUAUGUUUACAAGUUAAUUUUUAGUUACCACAGGCAAUCUGUUUAGAGAACUCUUUUAGAAGAAUGUUUGUCAUUAUAAUUCUGUUUUUGAAAGUAGUGCAAAAAUACAGGUUCCUGUAGGAUACAGGAGAUAUACCUAUUUCAGUUGCAUCCCCCAUCUUUAAAGGGCAAGAUGUAAAGCACCUCUACAGGACCUAGGUUUAAAUCUCCAUCUUGAAUGACUGUAAUUUUAGUUGGAGCAGUUGGGGACCAAACUCGCAAUCCUUGGUUUGGCAGUUUUUUUUAUCUUACCACAAAGCCACAGAGGCUUCCCGGGCAUUUCUCUGUUAAUCCAAAACGUCAACACUUCAAAUGUGUUUUACUCAGAAUUGAAUUUAGCCAUUAAACUCAAUUUUGUAUAAAACUAAGAAAAUAACAGUGAAAAAUAAAUCACCUUUUAAAGGUUUAAUUGGUUACCUGAGCUCCCUUGGUUCUAAUGAAAUUAUGGCCCGGUGAUGGUUGUUGUAUGUUGGGAUUUUGCCUUGAAAUGUUUAAGUCACUUUUUAAGACUGUAUUUUAAGAGCAUUAGGAAAAAUGAGUUUAGUGUAAUAGCAAGUUAACAAACACUGUGCUGUACUGUAAACGUUCUGAUUUUUCACAUGUCUCAAUUGUUGUGUUGGCCUUGGUCACAUGUAGAAAUUUCUUUUCUACUCUAGAAAUACCUGUGAUGCAAGUUCACCUGUAACUUCAGGCUUGGGAAGUUUUUGGGUCUCCCACAUUUCAUUACCUCAUGUAGACUAUCAAAAUGAGUGUGCUGUAUUCUGUUUGGCUGUGUUCUAUUGUUCCAAACAAUCUUAUAGAUUUGAUUUUGAGUCCUUUGAAAUGAUAUAUGACAUCAAAUCAUUUCUGAAGUUUGUCAAAAUAGAAUAUAUUAAAAUCUUGCCCAUACAUGAAAGUGUAUGUAAACCAGAGCAAUGUAUUAACUUUAAAAAUUAAUGAAAAGUGUAUGGUAUGGUAUGAAGAAGUUAACACAGGGAUAAAGCAUAAUCGAUUAAGUUAAUGGAAUUGUAGUAAGGCAUUAUUUAGCUUGACUGGUCAGAGACUAAUAAGCACUUUUUGCAAUCACCCAUUUAUCAGGCAUCUUCAUUGGUUUCCCAACUUUUUGUAUGUAAGCUGAUAUUUCAGACACUGCUAAGUCUUGUGGUACUGGAUUGAAACUUUACAUACUUGCUCAUUUUAAUGAUCUUACAUGUACUGCACAGGUUCCGUAAUUCUAUUUUGCUGUUUUUACAAAGUUACGUUUCUUCUUUGAAUCUGAGAUUUGUUAUGAAGUUGUAUUAAGCCUUUAAAUAGUGGAGCGUUGCUGUUCUUCAAUAGCUCUUGUUUUGUUUAUAAUGUACCAAGGUUAACUGCAUUGCCAUGGCAACAGUUUAUUGUUAUUUGUGUCAUAUUUUUUAUAUGUUAUAAAUUGAUAAAGUAAUGUAAAUUAUGGUUCUUAAAUUAUUUUGCUCUAUGUUAUAUAGUAUGUGUGUGUGGUUUUUUUGUGCAGACAGUAAUGUAGUCGGAGAGUGAAGCAUUUAAUCACUAGUUAGAUACAGUAAAAUAUCUACUUACCGUUUAAAAUGGCAGAUUUUGUAAAUACUUAGCUGCUACAAUUUUUUUAAGUAGAUUAUGCCUUUCUGUUUGUUACGAAAGGCAAAAUAUCCAUACUGAAGAACAAGACAGACUUUAUAUAUAAAUCUCUAUGGAUCUUAGCUUUGUUAGGACACAUUGAAAUACAGUCGACUCCCAUUUGCUCGUACUUUGAUUGCCAAAAUACCGCCCCCCCCUUCACUUGAACUCAUCAUCUUGUCCUGAUUUUGUUUAUUGUUCGAUUCUGGAUGUUUAGAAACUGCCUUACCCAUGCAUGAUCGUAAGAGGUGACUAAUAUGGUCUUAACACUUGGUUUUGCUGUAACUCUGUGAUUCCAGCAGGUUUGCAAAUUUUGAUUCCAUACAUCAUGUUUUUAUUUCGAUGUAAAUGAGAUGUGAAACCAAAAUUUGUAGUCCUGUUUGGCGCCAUAUAACUUAUAUUGUGUUGGUGCGCUGUAAAACACAAAUAAAUAAAUAAAUAAAUAGAAACUCUCGAACUCCCUGUCUCUUCCAUUGAGCUUAAUUAUAAUGUAAAUCACACCUGAUGGGUCAAAUUCGCAUCUCUAUUAUUGUGUUACAGCUUUCAUCGGUGCACAUAGUUUCAGUACGUUGUGAAAUUAAGACAUGUAUAGGCCAAACAAAUUUAAUUAGAUGAUUUUCGUUCACUUUAAAAAUUAAUGUUUUAUUUAAAGAAUAGUAUGUGUCAAACAAAAUCUGAGCAGGGAAUGUCUGUAUUUUACUUUAAAUAGGGCUGAUUGCUUACAAAUAUCACAUUUCCAUAGUGUAUAGUUCUAAAUGCUAUAGAUGACGUUAUCAUUUGUAUUUGUUGCAUUCUAGUGUAUUUGUUAUUUCUGUGUAUCGAAAAUGUUUACUAGAUCGAAAUCUUACAGUUUAUUAUAAUACAUUUCCAGCUUCAAUUUGAGUCAACUAUGUCAUACAAUCCCUGUAUGUACUUAUCGAGAGCUCCGUGUUUAAACAAAGAUGGCCACCAAACUGAUGGCUUGAACUACCGAUCUCUCUCGAUUUCAUGGACCCUUCGAGUUUGAGCCAAUGAGAGUCGACUGUAUUGUAUGAUGAUAUAGUGGUAAAACAACCUUUACAAACUUAACAUUUUGAGUAUGUAAAGAAAAUGAAAUAUUUUUUUGUAAAAUUCCAUGAGUGUGAACUUGUAUAAAAUUGAAUUUGUUAAAAAUUGCCAUCUGAUUGUCCAUAGAGGACAGUUAUUUACUUUGAAAAACUGAAAUCUUUUGCUUUUAUUCGCUUAAAAUUUAAUUGUUUCAGUCAACCGUAAUGCCUAUUUUGUGGGAGAUGAAAUGAUGAGAUUCAAAAUUUUGAAAUAAAUUUCAAUUUGUUAGUUUGUUGGGACUUACUAUUAUUAAUUUACAAAGCCACAAAGUUGCCAAAAUUACUCUUCCAUAAAUAAUCAUGAUUUUAGAAUAUCAAGUGUUAAUAUAAAGUUAACACUGAACAUUUCUGCCUGUUCACUAAAUGUAGUCUUUUUUGUGCCAUUUUAGCAGCAAUGUUGAAAUUUCCAGUAGUCUGUCUCACAAUGUUAGGCUAUAAAAUAUCAUUUUUAGCUCAUCUGAUUUUUUGAAAAAUAAAAGAUGAGUUAUUGUCAUCACUUGAUCGGCGUCGGCGUCGGCGUUGGCGUUGCCUUGUUAAGAUUUAUGUUUAGGUCAGCUUAUCUCUUAAACUAUCAAAGCUAUUGCUUUGAAACUUGCAACACUUGUUCAUCAUCAUAAGCUGACCCUGUACAUCAAGAAACAUAACUCCAUCCUGCUUUUUUCAAGAAUUAUUGACCCUUUUGGACCCAGGUGCCCGCUCGUGAUGAAAUAAUGCACGGAGGGGCACCUGGGGUCUUGCUCCACCAUUAAAGCAGGAAAGUCGCCAUAUGACCUAUCCUGUGUCGGUGCGACGUUAAAUCCAACCAAAAAAAAGAAUUAGAAAAUCAGUUUUCUUGGUUGAGUAAUAUGUUUAAGUCAGCUUUUCUCAUAUGCUAUCAAAGCUAUUGCUUUAAAACUUGCAACACUUGUUCACCAUCAUAAGCUGACCAUGUACAGCAAGAAACAUAACUCUGUCCUGCUUUUUGCAAGACUUAUGGCCCCUUUUGGACUUAGAAAAUAUCAGAUUUAUUGGUUAGGUUUUAUGUUUAGGUCAGCUUUUCUCCUAAACUUUUCAAGCUAUUGAUUUGAAACUUGCAACAGUUGUUCACCAUCAUUAGCUGACUAUGUACAUCAAGAAACAUAACUCCAUCCUGCUUUUUGCAAGAAUUAUGGCCCUUUUUGGACUUAGAAAAUCAUGGGUAGGACAAUUUUUUUAUUAUACAAAAAAUCAGAUGAGCGUCAGCACCGGCAAGGCGGUGCUCUUGUUAAUAUUCUGUCUAGAGUUUGAAACACUGUUUUCAAGUUUCCAGGAGAUUUUAUUUGUGAGAAAACAGUUUUUUAUGGUCAUUCUUUGAGCACCACUGAUAAUGGAUAUAUACUGAUUCCUAUUUUAGUUUAAUUGUAAAACCAUACAUUGUCAAAAAGAAAGUGGAACACACGACCAAAAAUGGAGGGUUUAUAUUAGUAAUUGAAUUUUAUCUUAUCCUUUUUAAUCGGAUUAAUCAGUCAGUAGCUGUUAAGAAUUAACAGAUCAACAUCUUUAAGACAAUUAUUGAGCUAACAAUACUACCACAAGGCAGAUUUUAUUUUUCAUAUACAAUAAUUGACAGGUGAGAGUAGGGGCAUUUAGAGGAUGAGUGUAGAUAUGCCAGUACUAUGGAAAAAAUCCUAGUUCUAAGCAUUUAAUUCUAUAGGCAAUGGAACUUCUUACAAACUUCCACAGGUAAUCACCUAAUAUAUGCUAUGUAGAUUGAUAGCAAUUUUAAAACAGGGUUAUGGCCAUUUUCAUGCAUUUUAUGGGGCUCUAUUACCCAAGUCUCCAUUUAUUUAAGUUAAAAAUCAUAUUUUGUUAGAAGUAUUUGUUGAUAUAUAAUAGAUUUUGCCAUUGUCAUGAAAGUUGAAAGACUAGUCUAAGAAAUGAUUUAUAAUCAAUAUGGAAAGUUUAAUAGGAUUAACCUUUACCCUGCUUAAUUUCUAUAAUGGACUGGUCCAUCGUUCAAUUUUGGCAGUAUCACUUAGUAUUCAAAGGGGUGUUCACUGAAAAUUUAUCAUUUGAAUAGCGAACAGUGCAGACCAUGAUUAGCCUGCACAGACAUGCAGACUGAUCAUUGUCUGCACUGGUUGCAAAGGCAGAAUCACUUGCUGCUAGCAAGCUAAAGGUUAGAGAAGACUUCCUAUACAGGAUUAUGAUUAAAAUUCAUGUCUACAACUUAUUUCAUUUGCUGUUAUGUUUGUACAGUAUUUACUUUUGACUUUGUUUUUGUGAUGUAUCAAUAUUACUGUGAAACUUCCACAGAAUUGUGCCAGAAAAUCAUCAUCAUUGUCAUCAUCAUCACUUUCUGUCAUAAAAUGUACUUUUUCAGUUCAGUAGUCAAUCUACUUUCAUCUAGAUAAUCCUCAUUUUUAUCAUCAUCAUCAUCAUCAUCAUUGUUAUCAUUAUCGUCAAUGUUAUUAUUAUCACAUGUAGUUUGGUUUGAAUUUGACUGUUUGUCAUCUUUGGAGUUUAUUUAGCAGAUUAUAUUUUGUUAUAGGGACUCAAAAAUAAUCUUGUUUGCAUAAGAAUUAGACAUUGCCAUAUGUUAAGAAUAGGGGAAGAUUUAAAUGUUUGAUUUUUUUUAAUUAUUAAUGAAAUUAUAAACAGAUAUGUUCUAUAAGUAAUAAACAUGAAUACAUGUAUGCUGUAAAAACUGAAAACUAUUGUUAUAUCUGUUACUAAUUGUUAAUAUGUUGAUUGUUGCAAAUGCAUUUUGAAGCAAAUUUAUUCAUUAUAUACUAGAGUAUUCGAAUAUCCAGGCGAUACUUCCCCAUGCAUGUUGCAGAUCUAGCGUGUAUUAUUACCUGGCUUGUUAUGUAACUCGUUGGUUCAUAAUUUGUGCUUUAUUAUUGGUCUAUAUUGAAAAAAAUUUACAAACAUUUAUUUCAGAUGUCAUGUAAUAAAAACACUCAUUGAAUGUCUUGCUGGUCGAUAAAUGAGCUGCGCCAUGGGAAAACCAACAUAGUGGCUUUGCCACCAGCAUUGAUCCAGACCAGUCUGCGCAUCCAGGCAGUCUGGUCAGGAUCCAUGCUGUUCGCUAACAGUUUCUCUAAUUCCAAUAGACAUUUGAAAGUGAACAACAUGGAUCCUGACCAGACUGUGCGGAUGCACAGGCUGGUCUGGAUCCAUGUUGGUCGCAAAGCCACUAUGUUGGUUUUCUCAUGGCGCAGCUCAAAUAUUGACAGACAAGCCAUUCAGUAAGUGUUCAUUAUUAACAGUCCAAAUGCAUUUUCUAUUAUGGAACACUCUACAAUGAUUUUACAGUAUAAACUCUGUUAACCACACACCUCAAAAGAACAACCACCACUCUACAAAGACAUAAUUGAGCCGCACCAUGAGAAUACCAACAUAGUGGGUUUGCGACCAGCAUGGAUCCGGACCAGCCUGCGCAUUCGCGCAGUCUGGUCAGGAUCCAUGCUGUUCACUAAUGGUUUCUCCAAUAACAAUAGUCUUUGAAUGCGAACAGCAUGGAUCCUGACCACACUGUGCGGAUGUGCAGGCUGGUCUGGAUCCAUGCUGUUCACAAACCCACUAUGUUGGUUUUCUCAUGGCACGGCUCAUAUACUUUCAUUCCCAUUAGAUAAGUUUAAAUAUCAGAGCAUUUAUCUCUCUCAUUAUGCUUAAUUAACUGUACAUGUUCAUAUAAGGGAUGUUACAUGUGCAUAAUACUGGGCAUUUUCUAACUCACUUUUGAGCUGACAUAAGAACUAUCUUGGUACCAACAGCAGCUGUUCCUUAACUUUUAGCCUGCUGGCGGCAAGUGAUUCUGCCUUUGUGACCAGUGAAGACCAUGAUCAGCCUGCACAUCCUUCUGCACUGUUCGCAAUUCAGUCAGUAUCUUUUUGGUAAGCACCCCUUUAAAUCAUAAGUGCAUAAUAAAAAUUUAGCAGGCUAAAGGUUAACUCUGUUUAUGAACUUUUGUAAAAUUUCAGCUGUGAGUAGAGCAAUUGUAAUGCAAGAAAGGAUAAAUUGUUAUAUAAGGUAUACAUCGUGGGUUAUUAUACAGUCAGACCUGUAAUAGGUAGCCAGCAAAGGAAGCAACAUAAUCUGGCUGCUUAAGACAGGUUGAAAUAAGAACAAAACAUCAAUUUGGAAAGUUAGCUUACUUGCUGCUUAAGGCAACUGGCUGUUUAAUACAGGUGGCCACUAAUGCAGUUCAACUGUACUUCAUUUUGGGUAUGAAAGAUACAGAACUUUGACUCAUGCUGUAAGUGAGAUCACAGUUGUACCGCUUUAAUUAGAAUUUUUAUUUGAAAAUGAAACACAAUGCUAUACAAAGCAUUGGAUAUACAAACACAAUAGUUAGUUUUAGUUUGUACAGCUGUAAUUGAACAGAUAUGAUUGAUAAUGUUUCUGUGAUGUCCUUUAUUGAACUUUAAAUAUUUGUUAAGAAAAAUUUUAAAGUGUAUAUUUAUUAAACUACAUGCACUGGAAGGCUAAAACUUGCCAGGUUUCUCACAUAUAUUUACUUGUCAGAAAAAUUACAAAUUAUUUCCGUCAUGAUAAAGGAUUACUAUAGUUAGCCUGAUUUCUUAAAGCUUUUACAAACUCUUUGAAAUCAUUUUACAGGUACGAAAGGAAGUUAUAACCAAAUGAAUGAAAAAAAUCAGAGAAUAAUGAUUUUUUUUAUUGAAUGCACAAUUUUCACAAACUUGUGUUUUACUGUGAAGAAACUAAUAUCGUUUUAGCCUUGCACAUGAAAAUUAUUCCUCAUCUAUUUCAUAGCCAGUCAGUUUCCUUUUUGAGCUGGAUACAGUAUAUAUUACUUUGUAAGUAUUUUAUUUGUUGAAUAAAAUGUCAUGAGCUAAUA